CCUGAAGCAGAGGCAGAAGUGCCGGCUGAUCCCGCCGGRGUGGAUGGAUGUCGGAAAACUGGAAGAAAUCCGCGACCAGGAACGCAAAGAGGACACCUUCACUCCCAUGCCCAGUCCCUAUUACAUGGAACUCACAAAGCUGCUAUUAAACUAUGCCUCAGACAACAUCCCCAAAGCCGACGAGAUCCGGACGCUGGUGAAGGAGACCUGGGACACCCGGAUAGCCAAGCUGCGGCUGUCUGCGGACAGCUUCGUCAAGCAGCAGGAGGCCCAUGCCAAGCUGGAUAACUUAACCCUGAUGGAAAUCAACACAAUCGGGACUUUCCUUACCCAAGCCUUAGACCACAUGUACAAGCUCCGCAGCAACCUCCAGCCCGGUGCGAGCGGCCCCUCGCCGGAUUUCUGAGGUGAUUUCCCGAGCGGCGCCUGGAAACCUCCCAGGAGAGAGCUCCACUGCCUCUGGAAAUGUGAAACKGCAGGA